CGGGUCCAGAUGAGUCCAAGGUACCUUUGGAGAAGGCCGGCUAGCAACGCUCUUUCGCAUGCCGAACUCCCGACCAACGUACCAUGAACCCAAUGAUCAACAGCUGCCUGGACCCACCGCCGUUCAGUCAUCGAGAAGUGACCCAUUCUAUCAGGGGACUUUUGGGCACUUUGGUAUUCCUCCUUCUGCCUGUGGUAAGCGUCAGGGCCAGUGUGAAGUGAUGCCGUCAUCUACAAAAAUGUUCAAAUACCGCGGCUGGGCCAGCUCUGGUAAGAGUAGGGUCCUUCUCCCGGCUGUAGUUUCUCCCCAGUCAAACUCAAGAUGAAGCUCCUCAACCUCUUCAGCGGGCUGCUUUGCGCCUCGUCUGCGCUUGCUUUCAAGAAGCCGAUCAAGCCUACGCUUCCACGUUCCAUCGUCGAGAGGCGCGCGGCCAACCAGCCCUUCUCUCACCCUGAGCUUCAAAAGCGCGCCUCCCAGUUCUUGACAGAAAAGACCAAGGCUUUCGCUGUCAACGGCACUGGCAUCCCGGAAGUGCCCUUCGACAUUGGCGAAUCCUACGCUGGAUUGCUCCCCAUCUCCGACAGCCCCGGCGAGACCCGCGAGCUUUUCUUUUGGUUCUUCCCCUCAACAGCCGCGCAGACUCCCGAAGAGGUGGUUAUCUGGCUCAAUGGCGGACCCGGAUGCUCUUCUCUGUCCGGUUUCCUCACAGAGAACGGCCCAUUUACAUGGGAAGCGGGCACGCUUGCCCCCGUUCAGAAUCCCUACUCAUGGACCAACUUGACCAACAUGCUGUGGGUUGAGCAGCCUGUUGGCGUUGGUUACUCACAGGGAGUGCCCAACAUCACCGACGAGGUUCAGCUUGCGACCGAAUUCCGCGGUUUCUACAAGAGCUUCAUCGAUACUUUUGACCUCAAGACCUGGAAGACCUACAUCACUGGAGAGUCGUACGCAGGAUACUACGUCCCAUACAUCGCCGAUGGUUUCAUCUCCGCCAACGAUACCGACUACUUCAACCUCGCCGGUAUCUCGAUCAACGACCCUAUCAUCGGCGACGAGACCAUCCAGCAGCAGGUCGUCAUCCUCCCCUACGUUGAGUUCUGGAAUAACCUCUUCUACCUCAACUCGACCUUCAUGGAGCAAGUCCGCGAUCGCCAGGACUCGUGCAACUACUCCUCCUACCUCGACACCUACUUCCAGUUCCCGCCGCCCCAGGAGCCCUUCCCCGUCCUGCCCGAUCCCUACAACAGCGACGUCUACGCCUGCGACAUGUUCGACACCUUCUACGAGGCCAUCAUCGAGGUCAACCCCUGCUUCAACAUCUACCACAUUACCGAGACCUGCCCGCACCCGUACUCCCAGCUCGGCAUUGUGAACAGCGGCGACUACACCCCGCCUGGCGCCGAAAUCUACUUCAACCGCACCGACGUCAAGAAAGCGCUCAACGCGCCCCUCAACUCCGACUGGCAGCAGUGCACCGAUGUCAACGUUUUUGGAAACGGUACUCGUCGCGGUUCUGACCAGUCCAACGGCCCCGCCAUCACUGGUGCCCUGCAGCGCGUCAUUGAGUUCACCAACAACACCAUUAUCGGCUCUGGUGACCUCGACAUGCUCCUCAGCACCAACGGCACGCUCUUUGCUAUUCAGAACAUGACCUGGAACGGCGCUCAGGGUUUGUCCGAGUACCCCACCACGCCUCUCAUCGCCCCUUACCAUCCUGAGUACAACGGUGGUGCGCUUGCUGGUGCUGGCAUCCAGGGUGUUUGGACCGCGGAUCGUGGUUUGACGUUCUACACUGCUCGUCUUGCCGGCCACGAGCUUCCCGGAUACACUCCUGGUGUCGCGUACCGCAUGCUUGAGAUUCUGCUCGGAAAGAUCGACAACUUCAGCAACACUGAUGACUUCACUACCCAGACUGGUAAUUUUACCGGCAACGGUACUAUUUACAAGAGAAACCACUAGGCGGAGGGUUGUAAUGAUGGGUAUGUUUCCACGGAAGAUUGAGGAUUAUGCCACAAUCGAACUAUAGAGAUUGCAAUAGUAAUAAUGUCUGCCCAUGAUCAAUAUCUUGUGUCUAUAUUGCCUCCUCAAGGCGGAAGUCCACGCAAACUUGAUUCAUCUUAGUAUUCGCCAAAUUGCCCUUUUCGAUCCUGACUAAGGUAGUAAAAUUCCAUGUUAGGUGUGGACGGGAGACUUUCCCUUGAGGCCAGAUC